AUGGACACUUAUAAUGAAACUAAGUACAAGGAAUUAAAAAAGAAAUAUGCCAUUCUCAUGAAAGUACUAAUUAAACUUAUUUCAAUAGCAAUAUUCAAUGAUUUAAUAAGAAUAUGAAAAAGUUAAUAGUGAAUUAUCUGAAUCAAUUUAAGAGAAAAGAAUACUCUAAAAUCGAAUUAAUGAAAUAUUGGGAAAGCAAAAUGAAGAGAGUUGA